AGAGAGAGAGAGAGAAGGAGAGAGAAGAGACGAGAGAGAGAGAGAAAAGAGAGAGAGGAGAGAGAAAGAGAAAGAGAAGAGAAAGAGAAAAAGAAAAGAGAAAGAAAGAGAAAGAAAGAGAAA